UGUGUGCGUGACCGCGCUCCCUCCACGGUGAACGCGCACGUCGCCGUCGUCCUCCUUCCUGCCGUUGGUUGGUUGGUUGGACAGUGUACGGACGGAGCAGACGGUGCAGACAUGGCUGCGCUCAGUAAGAUACCGCACAGCUGCUAUGAAGUCGGUCACACAUGGAGCCCGUCGUGCGUGCAGUCCGCUGUGGACGUAACCAGAGGAGCUCUGGAGGUCUCCUUCAAAAUAUACGCCCCGCUGUACCUGAUAGCAGCCAUUCUAAGACGAAGGAAGAAGGAUUACUACUUAAAAAGACUUCUCCCUGAGAUCCUUUGGUCUACCUCUUUCCUCACUGCCAAUGGAGGUCUCUACAUCGUUUUCUUCUGCAUCCUCAGGAAACUGUUGGGAGGGUUCUACUCCUGGUCUGCUGGCUUUGGCUCCGCACUGCCUGCCUCCUAUAUUGCCAUCCUCCUCGAGCGUAAGAGCAGGAGAGGGCUGCUGACAAUAUACAUGACAAAUCUUGCCACUGAGACUUUGUUUCGCAUGGCAGUGACGCGAGGCAUCGUCAAACCCAUCAAACAUGGCGAGGUGCUCCUGUUCUGCAUAACUGCAUCACUCUACAUGUUCUUCUUCAGGAAUAAAGAUGGUCUCAAAGGCUUUGCGUUCUCUGCGUUAAAGUUCAUCAUUGGAAAAGAGGAGAUUCCGACUCACUCUGUGACGGCAGAACACGCCUUUACAAGAGCCCAUGAGAGAACAGCUGCUAUAGAGACACAGGACUCGCAGGUGUCAGCCGAAAGGCCCAGCUCCAGGAGGAAAACUCUGAUAGCCUACACCAGGGAGCUGCUAGAAUCUAUAUGCAAAAAGGGUCCAAGACACAGAUGUUGUAAACAUUACCAAGACAACUGCAUUUCCUACUGCGUUAAAGGUUUUGUCAGGAUGUUCAGUGUCGGCUACUUGAUUCAGUGUUGUCUUAAAGUGCCUUCAGCAUUCAGGCAGAUGUUCUCGAAACCCUCUCGGCUCCCCUCACUCUUCUACAACAAAGAGAACUUCCAGCUCGGGGCCUUUUUAGGAUCCUUCGUCAGUAUCUACAAGGGAACAAGCUGCUUGCUACGCUGGCUGCGUAACAUUGAUGAUGAACUCCACGCACUGAUCGCUGGCUUCCUGGCUGGUUUGUCAAUGUUCUUCUACAAAAGCACGACAAUAUCCAUGUACCUCUUCACAAAGCUGGUGGAGACUAUGUACUUCAAGGGCAUCGAGGCCGGACGGUUCCCUUACUUUCCUCAUGCAGACACGGUCCUGUACGCCAUCUCCACUGCUAUCUGUUUCCAAGCUGCUGUGAUGGAAGUGCAGAACCUCAGGCCUACAUACUGGAAGUUCCUGCUGCGUUUAACUAAGGGCAGGUUUGCUCUGAUGAACAGACAGUUGCUAGAUGUGUUUGGAACUCAGGCCUCCAGGGACUUUAAAGGCUUUGUGCCCAAACUGGAUCCUCGUUUCGUCACGGCGCUUCUACCAGGAGCCGACAUCCAACUUGGAUGACUUGGGACCAGAAUGUGGGAGUGGCUUUAGGGCUGCCUCGACAGUAAAUGGACAGCUCUGGCUGUUCUUUCUGCAUACCUUGAGGAUGCUUUUAAAAGAGGUGGUGAUGUUGUGUUAUGAGAUUGCUUUGGAGGGUUUAAAAGCCUCAGAUCUGUCCAAAGCCGGGUGUCAAGUGUGGUGUUGCAUAAGCUCAUUUCCUGACUGGGAUUAUCUGGAUACAGCUAACUGGUAAAACGAAUGAAACACACUUUUAAAUUCAAUAAACCUAAAAAAUUGGUUUAUUGGAAAAUUAAAAAUGAUCUCACUUCAGAUGCAACAACAUUCCUUUUAUCCUUUUCAUCGUAAUGUUUCUUCAUUUUGCAAGUUACCUGAAGAACUUUGUACCAGCUGAGCUCACUUUGGUUCUUUGGAUGUCUGCCUUUACGUCAGAGGGUGAAACUCGCUCACUAAUCUUUUUGCAAUGGGCACAGUGAUCCAUGAUUUUUUUAGAUUUAAGAGGAGAAAGAAUUUGAAAUAAUUACUCCCUGAUCAUUUUUGAAUGUGUACUUUUUCAACACGAUGGAUGCAAAUAUAAUUAUGUAGCCUUAUCACAUAUUUUACUCUGUAUUAGACAAUGGGAGAUGUAUGUUAAUUGUGGUCUUUAAUAUAAAAACGUGAUGUGAAACACAGAGGUGGAAAGUCGCCAUUUUUUAACUAUUUUUUCAGGCAAUUUUUUUUUUCUUUCAUUGAUUACUAAAUGCAAUAUUUUGGCAGUAUAUUUUAAGUUACUUCACUUCAUAAAUUGUUGUCAUUAAUGUAAGUGAGUCACUUUUAUAGACACUUACUGGGAUAGAAGAAAACAUCAAGGACGGUGCCAAAUUUGGACAUUCAUUCUGUGGGAAAGAUGAUGAACCCUGAACAAAAUAUGAAUUUGCAACACUUUAAUUUGCUGGUACUCCAAAACUACCAAUAAUAAUAAUAAUGCACAUAAAUCAACAAUAAAUACAGUGAAAGAAAACAUCCACAAUUUGUUUACCAGUAACUGUACUGGGACUACUUUUUCGGUGGAAUCAGGUCAGCAUUUACAGUUCAUGCAGAGCACAAAUAGAUUCUUUUAAAACCUGCAUUUACAGGUUGCAGGUUGUCUCAUACUGCUUUUUAACAAAGAGAUUGAUGUAUUUAUUCAAAGGUCAUGUUGUAUAAGAAACACAAAGUCAUAUUUGCUCAGAGGUUGAUGGCGAGAACAGUUUUUCCACACUACAUAUUAGUACUUGGUGUCUCUUCCACCUCUGGUUUACAGUAAAAUAUAUGUACCCUUCAUCUAAUGCUGAAACUGUUUACAUGUAAUAAGAAAGAAACUGAUCAGAGAACAGGCUUCAAAGUUUAGAAACCUUUAUUUACAAAUGUAUACAUGAGCUACAUCAGCGAUUGACUAACUGUUCAGAUCUUAUAAUUUAAAGUCUGAAUAAUUUUCAAAUACUCUUUGAAAUAAAAGUUGGGAACCACAAAA